GUAGACGCAAAGACGUUUUAACAUGUAGUAUUGGUCGUAGUACAGGAGGUUUUAAUAGCGGCAAUAUUAUAAUUGACAGUGAAAAAAGUGAUAAUAGUGAUAACAGUGCUCAGUAACAGAUGUACUAGUGGUUGUAGAAAAGUAGUAUUCUUCUGGGGCGGCAGAUGAACUGGUAGGAGAACAGGUAACAUUAGAGCCAUAGACGAUCACAAAAAGAGUACUCCUCCUCUGUUCCUUUCUCUAUAGUUGUCAUUAUGAUUUUUAUUUGAACAUUAGGACCUAUCCAUUGACCACUUUUUUAAAUCUGUAUUACAACAAUAUUUAAAAAUGAAAUAAUAAUUUCUUUUGUAAAUCGGGCGCCUUCGCGGAAAUGUUUAAAUGGGAUUUCACAGUAUUUCACAUCCCCGCUAUUUCCCGGUAUUCCACGAAUAAACAUCAAAAUAAGCCAGAAAAAAAAAACAGUUUAGCUCUGUUGUUCAUGAAACGCGUCUUCGGUGAAAGCUCAGGGUGUCAUACUUGAUGACCUCACUUGACUCCAGUAAAAGGGGGUGAUUAUCGUAAUUACACGUGUAUUUACAGACUACGAGUUUCUGUACAAUCCAAUGCAUUUCCUUUAAAGCACCGAUCUGGGUGCGUUCAAGACGACGGAUUCGGAUUUCCUCAGUUUACUCAUAUCAAAUCGAUGUGUGUCGUCAUGAGGGGGGGCUGUCAUGACGACCAGCCUAUUAAGAAUGACAGCUCUGGAGGAAGAGAGAAAGGAAGAAGAGAGAGAGCGAGAGAGAGAGAGAGGGUAAAUGGUGAUCCCUCCCAGAGAUCUCUCUGCGCACUCUGCAUCGCUCUCCAGUCCGGAUUGCAUCCUUUCUUUCAACAAUCACAUCUCUACUUUCCAACCCAUCCACCUUCCUCACCACAAGUCUCGGAGCCGGCAUGGACAGCAGAGAGGAUGUGGUGAUGGAGGGAGGUCAGUCGGACAAGAGCGACUCGCCAGGGGGAAGAAGCCCGCAGGCGAAGCAGGACCACCGCAGCCCACUCAGCCCUCUGAGCCCCGGCACUGCUCCCUUCAGUAGGGACAGAGCCGAGCUGGCGGAGGAGAGCGCCCGGAGGAACAUGAGGCCAAUCCCAUCCUCGACUGGACACAGACUCCACCAAGCUGCUCAUCUCCGCAAAGACAACAGCAGCUCCGACACCGAGUCCGACUUCUACGAGGAGAUCGACGUGAGCUGCACCCCUGAAAGCAUGGACUACCCGACGCAGCAUGGACGAAAAGGAGAUUCACCUGUUCAUUCAAAUGACACCGGUUCUGACUCGGGUAAGAACAUCGCGGGACAGGGCUCCCUGUCCUACUCAGCGGACCAAAUCCGCCGGUACCGGACGGCUUUCACCCGGGAGCAGAUCGCACGGUUGGAGAAGGAAUUUUACCGGGAGAACUACGUGUCGAGGCCCAGGAGAUGUGAACUAGCGACCGCGUUAAACCUCCCCGAAACCACUAUCAAGGUCUGGUUCCAGAACCGCAGGAUGAAGGAUAAACGUCAGCGUCUGGCCAUGACUUGGCCUCACCCAGCAGAUCCGGCCUUCUACACCUACAUGAUGAGCCACGCUGCGGCCGCCGGGAAUCUACCCUAUACCUUCCCAUCACACCUGCCCCUGCCUUACUACUCGCACCUCGGAGCAGGAUCGGCACCGUCCGCCAGCCCGUUUCCGAACCCUCUUCGCUCCCUCGACAGUUUCCGGAUGCUGUCGCAUCCCUAUCAGAGGCCGGAGCUCCUCUGCGCCUUCAGACAUCCAUCCCUGUAUCCCCCCGGUCCUGCUCAUGGACUGGGACCGGGAGGAAGCCCGUGCUCCUGUCUGGCAUGUCACUCCAGUCCCUCCAACGGCAUCAGCUCUAGAACCACUGCGUCAGAUUUCUCUUGUUCACCGACCAGCCGGACUGAUGCUUUUGUCACGUUCACACCUUCCGUGCUCAGCAAACCUUCACCUGUGACUCUGGACCAGAGGGAGGAAGUCCCCCUCACCAGAUAGACGCCCUUCCCCUCUCCUUCAGAACUCUCAUGCUGCAUGAAGCCUGGCAAUGACACUCGUCCCAAAAAUUGGGGAUGUGACUCUUUGUAAUAAGGGUUCCUUUAUCAGUCGGUCCCUCCAGGACUCUGCCAGCCUUUCAUUAUAGUCGCGGGACUUUCCCUUCAAAGGUUACGUUUAUUCUUGAAAUGGCAUUAAAAAAGGGAAAAUUAAUGAGGAAGGAAUGUCACAUUUUCAUUUUGAUUUAUAUUCGAUGUCAAAAUUAAAUUAUUUAUGAUCAAAAAUAGCCAAUGCAUUUUU